CAUACGCGCUAUGUGCGAUAUUAAUGGCCCGUGUGUUUGCGCUUGUGCAUCGGGCAAGACUUGAAUGUAUGAUUAGAGGCUGCAGGGCUGGAAGCUGAAAUUCCCCAUAGUGAGCCCCCUCCCUGGGAAUCGUGCGUUUGCCCCUGACAGGCUGCAGCCUACACAAGGGGGAGCUACAGGGCAGUGCCAGUGUCUGACCGACUCACAUAAAGCGCAGCCCCUGAGGCAGCAGCACCGUAUCAGCGCACAGAGAAGCGCAGCACAUCGGGGGACUCCGUGGGAUCAUUAUAGCGCGGCUCAAAGCAUCCCUGGCUGGGGGAACACAUGUGGCUUAUUAUGAAGGACUGCGAAUAAGGCGCUAAUUGGCACAGCCUGGCACUGAAACGGAGGCAGCGAAUAAGGCGCUAAUUGGCACAGCCUGGCACUGAUACGGAGGCAGCGAAUAAGGCGCUAAUUGGCACAGCCUGGCACUGAUACGGAGGCAGCGAAUAAAGCGCUAAUUGGCACAGCCUGGCACUGAUACGGAGGCAGCGAAUAAGGCGCUAAUUGGCACAGCCUGGCACUGAUACGAAGGCAACGAAUAAGGCGCUAAUUGGCACAGCCUGGCACUGAUACGGAGGCAGCGAAUAAAGCGCUAAUUGGCACAGCCUGGCACUGAUACGGAGGCAGCGAAUAAGGCGCUAAUUGGCACAGCCUGGCACUGAUACGGAGGCAGCGAAUAAGGCGCUAAUUGGCACAGCCUGGCACUGAUACGGAGGCAGCGAAUAAGGCGCUAAUUGGCACAGCCUGGCACUGAUACGGAGGCAGCGAAUAAGGCGCUAAUUGGCACAGCCUGGCACUGAUACGGAGGCAGCGAAUAAGGCGCUAAUUGGCACAGCCUGGCACUGAUACGGAGGCAGCGAAUAAGGCGCUAAUUGGCACAGCCUGGCACUGAUACGGAGGCAGCUUAGCCUGAGGCGGUGUGCAGGGCUGUAGCGGAGGCGCCUCAGUGCCCAAUGGCUUCCCUUCUACUUCUCCCACUGCCCUAGGAGCCAACUCCUGCCAGGUGUAUGGGUGGUUGGGUCAGGCACACCAUGGCUGGCACAUCCUAUUGGGAUCCCUAAGGACGGAGGCAUAACCUGCGACAGACGGAACACAGAGAAGCGACAAUGGGGGUCAUUAGUUACUUUUUGCUCGGCUUUCUGACAUGGAGUAGCGCCAGGGCGCAGGGAGAGUAUUGCCACGGCUGGCUGGACGCUGCAGGGAACUACCAAGCCGGAUUCCAGUGCCCGGAGGACUUUGACACUGUAGACGCCACGAUUUGCUGCGGAUCUUGCGCCCUGCGCUACUGUUGCGCGGCCGCGGACGCUCGGCUGGAACAGGGCAGCUGCACCAACGAUCGCGAAUUGGAGAAAUCUGGAGUCAGUGCUCAGCCUAUUUAUGUUCCAUUUCUCAUCGUGGGCUCCAUAUUUAUUGCGUUUAUCAUCGUGGGAUCAUUGGUGGCCAUUUACUGUUGCACGUGCCUCAGGCCUAAGCAGACUUCCCAGCAACCAAUGAGGUUCACCUUGCGCAGUUACCCACCAGAGACUCUCCCUAUGAUUCUAACCAGUGGCAACCUGCGAACUCCAUCCAGGCAAUCCAGCACGGCGACCAGCUCCACCUCCACUGGUGGCUCUGUGCGGAGACUGUCCUCCUCCCGAGCCGACCCCGGCUACCUGGUUUCAUCCCCACCUCCCCCUUACUCCUCAGCACACUCCAUCCAUUUAAACCCAUCCUCCACAUUCCUGGUGUCAAGUCAGUACUUCUCUUACCCACUGCAGCCAGAAGCCAUUGCAAACAAGAGCUGCCCGGAUUUCCGACAGAGCUAACAGAACCCUGUAGAGUGAAAGAAGAGCAGGGACACUGACUUCUAUUAUACCAUGUUGCUAUGGGGAGCACAGGUAUUACCUAUGGCCCUGGCAGAACAAUGAGAUAUUGUGAAUUUAUUCCAAGAGCCACAACUGGUUUCCCUUCAGUGGACAGGUGGGAAAAUGACAUUUAAGAUGAAUCCUAUUUACAAUCAAUGGUUAUAAUUUCUCACUCCUAGUAUGUAAUUUAUAUUAAUAAAAAACUCACUACUAUAGCCGA